AUGUCUCGCCGAUACGAUUCUCGAACAGUGAGUAACGCAUCUGACCAUCAAUCAAGGCCUGGGCCGACAUCUCCUCAGCUAUGACCAGGCUGGCACGUCUCUGUAGUGGCUUUCGUGAGCGCUGACGCGUUGUCGGUCGUGCCCACCCGCUCCUCCACCACUGCGUGCUGCCCACAGACCAUCUUCUCGCCCGAGGGACGACUCUACCAGGUCGAGUACGCACUCGAGUCGAUCAGUAAGCCGACGCAUGCUUCUGGGCCGGCUUGUGUUCGACCUUUGAGGCGUAGUGGGUGGUUGGAUGGGCACGGAGGAGCGUCGUCAGCUCGACACGCAAGCCUGAUCGAGAUGGAAUACCACCUCACAACAACAGAACAAUCGUCAUCAUUACGUAUGGCGAUAAUACGAGUUCACAUGGCACUCGACCGUACCCCAUCGACCCCCACUGCCGCGUGGCCCGUGCAGUCCCGGCUCCACCACCAGGCGACUCGAUGUGCUGACACGCUCUCACGCUCUCCCCGUUCCGCUAUCCUUCUCAGGUCAUGCCGGAACGGUCGUAGGCAUCCUCGCCCCUGGCCCCGCAGCAACCCCCUUCACCAGCUCAACCGAGGUCUCUGACGCGAUGGCCGUCGAUACCGCCGAGGUGCCAGCUGACGCGGCCGGAGUGGCUUCGACCUCGACACAAUCCACCGUUCCUCCCACCGCAACUGCAAGUACAUCCGCCAAGCCCGAGCUGUCUGCCGCAGCCAAGAAGAAGGAGGCAGAGGCCAAAGCCGAGCGAGAGCGCAAGUACCCGGGACCUCAGCGAGCGGGUAUCGUCCUCGCUGCGGAGAAGAAGGUGCUCAGCAAGUUGCUCGAGAAGGAGAAGGGUAGCAGCGAAAAGAUUUUCUUGGUCAAUGGGUGGGUUGAUUUGAACGUGCCUGCAUCGCGGGUAGCCGAAGCGCAAAUGGAGCGACAGGUCGCUGACCCGACUACGUUUUAUCGCCUCUGCAGCAAUGUCAUCACAGGCGUAGCAGGUUACAAUGCGGACGCCAACUCGCUCGUGAGCUAUGCUCGCAAUGCCGCACAGGUGAGUUCAUUAGACCGGCAUGAAACGACCAUUGCUCCAACCGGAGGGCUUUGACUCACCAUCGUGUCGUCGCUCCCCCCAUUCGCAGGGGCAUCUGUCCGCCUACAACGAGGAUAUGCCGGUCGAGCAACUCGUGCAGAAGCUGUGCGAUCUCAAACAGGGCUACACGCAAUUCGGAGGUGAGUCUAUACCUCGAAACGUGGACGGAUCUCGCCGAGCGAGAACCCUUACCAUCGUCGGCGAUCAUACAGGACUGCGACCAUUCGGUGUUUCGUUCCUCUUCGCUGGACAUGACCCGCAUCAUCAAUUCCAGCUGUACGCUUCGGAUCCGUCCGGUAACUACUCUGGGUGGAAGGCAACAUGCAUCGGCGCGAACAACGCGACCGCGCAGAGCCUGCUGCGACAAGACUACCGCGACGACAUUGGGUUGAACGAAAGUCUUGGAUUGGCUCUGAAGGUGCUGAGCAAGACGAUGGACUCAACGACACUUGAUUCGGAGAAGCGUGAGUUUUAAGCUCUGAGUGAGCUAGUCUUGCGAACAUCGAAGGGGAGCUAACUCUUCCCUGUGUUCUUCACAGUCGAACUCGCAACAUUGACGCUCGAUGCCCAGUCUGGAUUGCCUUUUGCUCACAUCUACAAGCCGCAUGAAAUCGACGCACUCUUAGAGAAGGAGGGGCUGAAGAAAGCCUCGGAGGUGGAGAUCUAA